AGUGGAAGGGAGUUUAAAGUCCAAGUGGAGAGCUGGAAAAGCUGUAGACACCUGCCUUCCUCCUCCCUCAAUUCUUCUGGCCCGGGGCUCCGUUUCUCCCUCCCUCUGCGGCUCCCCUGCCCGACCCGCCGAUCGCCCGGAGAGCCGUGACCUGGAUGGGGUGGCCGGGAGCCCCUGGACCUGGGUGGCUUCUGCCGGUACUGCUCAUCUGUUCUUCGGCCAUGGCGGACGGCUCCCGAUCACUGGGCAUCCAGGUCGUCACCCGGAACAACACAUCCAUCGGCCUGAACUGGACGGCCGUGGCCAACGUCAGCCACUACUCCGUCAGCUGGUGGGCGGACGGAGGCAGAAACGGCUCAGGGAACGUCACCCAUCCCUCUAUCGUGGUGGUUGGUCUAGACGCGGGGACCUGGUACCAUUUCGGCGUGAUCCCCACUGGAGACAAUAGCUCGGACAACAUCGGGGCAGCCACAGCUCCCAACAGUGUCAGGGACCUGAGGCUGGACACCCGGACCAACAACUCCAUCAGCCUCAACUGGACAUCCCCUGAAUACACCCAAGGCAUGAACUACAGCUACUCGGUAUCCUGGACCCCGGGCAGCAACUCCAGUGGGGGAAUAAACACCAGUCUCACCCUGAUCACAGUGGUCGAUCUCGACCCUGGGACCUUAUACAGAUUCACAGUGGUGGCUCGGAAGUACGACAUUGCCAGUGUAGCCGAGACCCUUCAGGUGGCCACAGUCCCUAACGAGGUGACGGAGCUGAAGGCAGUGGGCCAGGGCAACGACUCCAUCACUCUGAACUGGACGAGGCCCUCGGGCAAGCCGGACCCAGCCUACAGCUAUCGGGUCCGUUGGACCCUGAGUGGAGCUGCUGGUGGGACGUGCGUCACCGACAACACUUCUGUCAGAGUGGAGCAGCUCCAGCCGGCGACCCUGUGCAACUUCAGCGUGGAGGCCGGGCGGCACCAGGUCUACAGCAGAGCCACGGAGCUCAGUGAUGCCACGGCCCCAAACCAGGUCACAGAUCUGAGGGUGGAAGCCCACAACAGCAGCUUCAUAAUGCUCAACUGGACGGCCCCUCAGGGCCCCCCAGACCCAGCCUACGCCUACCGGGUCAACUGGACCGCAGGCGAACUCGCCAAUGGGACCGUCAUCUCCAACGGGUCCAGCCUCUCCAACGGGACGUGCGACACCGAGGACCCCUGGGUCGCGGUGGGGAAUCUGACCCCCGGGAUCCCGUACCUCUUCAGCGUGCAAGCCGAGAGGUACGGAGUCUCUGGCUCGCCCCAGAGUAUCUCCGAGUCCACAGCUCCCAGCUCCACCUCUGUCUCCUGCCAUGGCGUGUCUGGGGGCUACAGUGUCUCUUUCAGGUGGUCCUGCCCCCAGGGAGCCCACCAAGCCUUCCUCUACCAGGUGGGGGCUGGACAGAGGUUGACGACUCUGGCUUGCGAGCAGCUUGUGGUGGUGGGGGGUCUGCAGCCGGCCCGCUCCUACCCCGUCAGGGUCUGGACGGUGUCCAACGAGAAAGAGGCCUCCUCGUCUCCGGAGAUCUGCUCCACCGACGACGCAGGAGUCAUCGCUGGCUCCAUCAUUGGCGUCCUACUCUUCGUUCUCCUGGCUGGGCUGCUAGUUUUCUUCUUGAGGCGGCGGGGAGAGAAGACGGAGAAGCCUCCUCCCGAGGACCUGUUCUCCAGGUCCCCCCAAGAUAUUCCUGCUCACCAUUUUGAGGAACACGUCAACAGGAAUCUGAGAGACUGCAACUAUGGCUUUGCAAAGGAAUACCAGGAAUUGGCAUCAGAGGGGCAGGGGCAGUCGCAGAUGGUGGCAAAACAGCCGGAAAACAAGGAGAAGAAUCGAUACAGCAACGUGCUACCCUAUGACUCCUACAGGGUGCCCCUCCAGUUAAUCCCCGGGGAACCCGGCUCCGAUUACAUCAAUGCCAGCUUCAUCCCGGGUUACGAGAGUCCCCGGGAGUUCGUGGCCACGCAAGGCCCGCUCAUCUUAACAGUGGGAGAUUUUUGGCGCCUGGUGUGGGAACAGGAGAGCGACACGGUGGUCAUGCUGACCAACUGCUUGGAGUCCAGGCGGGUGAAAUGCGAGCCCUACUGGCCCCUGGACUCCAAGCCCUGCACUCUGGGACCCCUGAGGGUAACCCUGCUCUCCGAGACGGCGGCCCCUCACUGGACCCUGCGGGAGCUGCAACUGCAGCACACGGACAAGUCUGAGAGCCGCACGGUCUGCCAGUUCCACUACACGUCCUGGCCGGACCACGGCACGCCCACCUCCCCCGACCCUCUGCUGGCCUUCUGGCACCUGCUCCGCAGCAGCCGGCUGGACGUCAACAAGAGCGCGGGACCCGCCAUCGUCCACUGCAGCGCGGGCGUGGGCCGGACGGGGACCCUCUUGGCGCUGGAUUAUCUCCUGCGGCAGCUGGACCGAGAGGGGCGGGUCGGGGUCUUCAACUUCGUGCAGAGGAUGAGGUGGUGUCGCCCGCUCAUGGUGCAGACGGAGGAGCAGUACGUCUUCCUCCACCAGUGCAUCCUUCGGUACCUGCAGCGGCCGCCCGGGAAAGGGGAGGAGGCCGAGAAAGGGAAAGGGGAAGGGGAAGGGGCCGGCCAGGCUGACCUCCUCUACGAGAACGUGGCCACCAUCCAGGACUAUUGGAGGGAGACCGGCCACCUCUGAGUCCCUUCACCCCGGAGAGACCGGAGCCCCUCGAUCCCGCCCCCUCCCCUCGGGCCCCUCCCGCAUCUUAGCCCCUCCCUGCCAGCCUCGUUGCCCGCAAAACCCGGAGACCUACGAAGGAGGGGGCGGGGGGGACGGGGACCCGGAGCUGGCUCCUUUCCCAAACCUCCCUGGAGAUGUCCCCCGGACCACCCCCUCCGACCGCCCCCCGAGACCAGCUCGAGGGCCGGGACGCCUGGGUCUGGGGACUGUGAAUCUGCAUUUCUCUCUUUUCUGCCUCAGGGAAUAAAAUCUGGGAAGUGAUCGUUUCGGGGGAGGGGGGUGCGGCGGCAGGGAGACCUGGGGAAGGUCGAACCUCCUGCCCCUUCUGAACUGGACCGGAUUUUGGGGGGCGGGGACCCUCAGAAUGGGUGUAAAUAUUGCGUCUCAUAAUUUAUUAAAUCACCGUCUGCUGGCA